AUGCUCGCGAGCCCCGCCACGCUCCGCCACCUCCUCCUCCCUGCGCCGCCGCACCUCGCCUUCGCUCUCCCGAACCCCGCGCCGCCGCUCCUCCACGCGUGGCUCCCCAUCUCCCGCCUCGCGCCGCCGCGCGUCGCGCAUGCCUCCUCGCGCCGACCGCGGCGGAGGGAUGGCAGGGCUAGGGCUGUCGCUGCUGCAGGAGAGGAGGCGGCGGCGCCCGCGGAGGAGGCGAGCAGCUCCGCCCCGGCCAAGUUCUCCGUGAAGAUUCCCGUCGGCGACCGCCACAUAUUGGUAGAGACGGGCCAGAUUGGGAGGCAAGCGAGUGCGUCUGUAAUGGUCACUGAUGGAGAAACAAUUGUCUACUGUUCUGUUUGUAUGGCUGAUACUCCAAGCGACCCUUCUGAUUUUUUCCCAAUGUCAGUUCACUAUCAGGAGCGCCUUUCAGCUGCUGGAAGAACUAGUGGCGGUUUCUUUAAACGAGAAGGAAGGGCAAAAGACCACGAGGUUUUAGUAUGCAGAUUGAUAGAUAGGCCUCUACGCCCUACUAUGCCCAAGGGGUUCUAUUACGAAACUCAGAUUCUAUCCUGGGUUUUCAGUUAUGAUGGUAUUCAUUCCCCUGAUUGCGUGGCUGUGACAGCUGCUGGUAUAGCCAUGGCACUCUCUGAAGUUCCAAAUAAACAAACAAUUGCUGGCGUAAGAAUCGGUAUGAUCAACGACCAGUUUGUGGUUAACCCAACCACUGAACAAAUGGAGGACUCGGAGUUGGACUUGAUGAUGGCUGGGACCGAUAGUGCUAUAUUGAUGAUAGAGGGAUUCUGUGAUUUUCUCACUGAGGAGAAGCUGCUUCAAGCCGUGGAAACAGGACAGGAGGCAAUUCGAGAAAUCUGCAAGGCAAUUGAUGUUCUUGUCAAGACCUGUGGGAAGAAGAAAAUGGUUGAGGCUAUCAAUUUACCACCCCCUGAACUCUACAGGCAUGUUGAAGAUAUCUCUGGAGACGAGUUAGUGAAGGCAUUGCAAAUAAAACAAAAAAUUCCUCGAAGAAAAACUCUUUCAGCACUGGAGGAGAAAGUAAUAACUAUACUGUCAGAACAAGGCUAUGUGUCCAAAGAUGAGUCAUCUGGACCCAUUGAAAAUUUAGCUGAUAUUGUUGAGGAGGAAGAUGAGGACGAAAUUAUAGAGGAUGGUGAAGUGGAUGAAGGUGAUGUUCACAUCAAGCCAGUCUCAAGGAAGCCCCACCGUCAGUUAUUCUCAGAAGUUGAUGUCAAGCUAGUCUUCAAGGAAGUAUCAUCCAAAUAUUUGCGAAGGCGGAUUGUAGAGGGUGGAAAGCGAAGUGAUGGACGGAGUCCUUGUGAGCUUCGGCCUAUUAAUUCUCAAUGUAGAUUACUUCCACGGGCACAUGGCAGUGCACUGUUCACAAGGGGAGAAACACAGGCACUGGCCGUGGUCACUUUAGGUGACUAUCAGAUGGCUCAAAGAAUUGAUACCCUUGUUGACACCGAGGAAUCAAAAAGUUUCUAUCUUCAGUACACAUUCCCGCCAUCAUCUGUUGGUGAAGUUGGUCGAACUGGAGCACCUAAUAGGAGAGAGAUAGGUCAUGGUAUGCUUGCAGAAAGGGCGCUGGAACCGAUUUUACCUUCAGAAAAGGAUUUUCCGUACACCAUUCGUGUGGAGAGUACUAUCACUGAAAGUAAUGGCUCAUCUAGCAUGGCUUCUGUCUGUGGAGGUUGUUUAGCACUUCAAGAUGCUGGUGUUCCAAUAAAGUUCCCUGUAGCUGGAAUAGCAAUGGGCUUGGUUCUUGACACUCAGGAAUUCGGUGGAGACGGUACACCACUUAUUCUUUCUGAUAUUACUGGAUCUGAAGAUGCCUCUGGUGACAUGGAUUUCAAGGUUGCCGGUAAUGAACAUGGUAUUUCUGCUUUCCAAAUGGACAUCAAGGUGGUGGGAAUAACUCUACCUGUAAUGGAACAAGCACUUCGUCAAGCUAGAGAUGGUAGAAAGCAUAUUCUAAAUGAAAUGUCAAAAUGUUCACCCCCACCAGCUAAAGCACUGUCUCCCUAUGCUCCCGUAAUACAUAUUAUGAAGGUCAAACCUAACAAGGUGAGUCUAAUAAUUGGUUCUGGUGGAAGGACAAUAAAAAGCAUAAUUGAGGAGACUGGAGUAUAUGGUAUUGAUGCCCGAGAUGAUGGCACGGUAAAAAUUACUGCAAGGGACAUAGAAAGCUUAGAGAAGUCAAAAACUAUAAUAGCUAAUCUUACCAUGGUUCCAAAAGUUGGAGAAAUUUUCAGGAACUGUGAGAUCAAAACAAUUGCUCCAUACGGAGCUUUUGUGGAAAUUGCACCUGGGCGUGAGGGUUUAUGUCAUAUCAGCGAGUUAAGUUCGAGUUGGUUGGCCAAGGCUGAGGAUGCUUAUAAAGUUGGCGAUCGUAUUGAUGUUAAGCUUAUUGAGAUAAAUGACAAGGGUCAACUUCGACUAAGUUGCAAAGCCUUGCUUCCUGAUGCAAACCAAGAACCAGGCAGCAACAAGCCGCAAACGAGUGGUCCGACGAAAGAAAAGAUAGUGUACAAAGAUGAUAUCAUUAAGGUGACCACAAGAAGAUCCAGACGCAAGAAAGAAGGUGAGCCGUCUGCAGCUGAAAAUGCCACAUCAAAGACCCUUGAAAACAGCACAGCCGAAAAUGCCUAAGGGGUUUCACAAGACAGCUAGAUGGUAAAGAAACAGGGCGACACAAGCAACAUGCGGCUUCAUCACUCGGAUUGCCUGAGAAGACUAGGCCACUUACUAGGACUGCAACAACAUCCACUAACUAGGAUUUCAACAACAUUCAGUGACUGUGUGGCUGGUAAAGAAACAUGGCAAUGCUGGCUAAGCAGAUAACCCACUCUAAAUUGGAUUCCUACAAAAGGGGAAUUGUUGAUAUGUUCAAGUCUUCUUGCCCUAUGAUGUGCCAAACGAAGAUGCCACAGUAGAUUCAGGUUGCUGCUUCAACAUGCAACAUUUUGACUGGGUUGCACAUCCUGCAUUUUUUCGACCAAGGUCGUAGUGCAGCAAGGAGUGCCUACAGUGGUUUUGAUUCAUUACCUUUAGCACGAACAUGGUAGAAUGUUAGCGAACUUAUAUACGCAACAGAAAUUUUUGUCCUCGUCUGAGCUUUUAAUCUUGGGUGGCAUUAUCAUUAAUUUAUGUUCUCC